CAGAUCCUUCAAAGGAAGGAAGGAUUUAUAUACAAAGGAAAAGAACAGAACAGAACAGAACAGCAAGAUUUUCUUGAUCUUGACCCACAGCAGAAGAUGGAGGCAGGGGGUGUCCCACAAGACAGGCCCAUAUCUUUGGACGCUUGCAAUCUACGGUUUGAACACCAACUGUUGGUCGAAUUCCCCCAAAGGGGCUUCUUCUCGAGAACUGCAGCUCCAACUGGAUCCCCGCUCCUCCCUGUGACUCGCUCGCUCGACGUCGACCCCGUGCUGCUCCGCUGUUCCUUCGCCAGCUGAGCUCGGUCCUCUGGGUUCUUGCUCUGUUGGGGUCUGGCACUCUUGUUGUCGACAUGGACCGGCAGCAGAUGUCCUUGACCAAGUGCUCGAGGCAGCGGUACAGCGAGUGGAUUUUCCGGGAUGUUCCGAGCGACAUAACAAUAGCUGUCAAUGGUGGAACGUUUGCUCUUCACAAGUUCCCUCUCGUCUCUCGGUGCGGAAAAAUCAGGAAGUUAGUUGCAGAGCACAGGGACUCCGAUAUAUCGAUCAUAGAGCUCCUGAAUCUCCCUGGAGGUGCAGAGUCAUUUGAGCUGGCUGCAAAAUUCUGCUAUGGGAUCAACUUCGAGAUCACGUCCUCGAAUGUAGCCCACCUUCUUUGUGUCUCCGAGUACCUUGAGAUGAACGAGGAGUACUCCAAGGACAACCUCGGGUCACGAGCAGAGGAGUACCUUGACAGCAUAGUCUGUAAGAGCCUCGAGAUAUCUGUUGAGGUCCUACAGCAAUGUGAGACCCUUCUCCCUCUCGCGGAUGAGCUCAAGAUAGUGAGUCGGUGCAUAGAGGCGAUAGCGUCGAAAGCCUGUGCAGAGCAAAUUGCAUCGAGCUUCUCGCGCCUUGAGUACAGCAGCUCCGGCAGGCUCCAGAUGAGCCGGCAGGUUAAUAAGUGUGAUACCACUGACUGGUGGAUUGAGGACCUAUCGAAUCUCCGAGUAGAUCUGUACCAGAGGGUUCUAACCGCCAUGAGGUGCCGCGGUGUUCGCCCUGAGAGCAUUGGGGCCUCCCUAAUGAACUACGCCCAGAAGGAGCUGACUAAGAGGUCCACCCUGGGGAAUCCGUCUAGUAACAAUAACCCACAGAAGCUAGAUUCGGGUUCAAACUUGACCUCUCAUGAGAAGCUCGUGGUUGAGACUAUCGUUAGCCUCUUGCCUGUUGAGAAACAGGCGGUCCCCAUCAACUUUCUGUUCGGGCUCCUGAGGAGCGCAGUGAUGCUGGACUGUAGUAUUGCUUGUCGGCUCGACCUUGAGAGGAGGAUCGGAUCCCAAUUGGACAUCGCCACACUCGAUGACCUCCUCAUCCCAUCCUUCCGGCAUGCUUGUGACACAUUGUUCGACGUGGACACGGUCCACAGAAUUCUUGUGAGCUUUUCCCAGCAGGAAGACAGUGAGGAUGAGAUGGAUGACGCCUCCGUAUUCGAAUCAGACAGUCCUCCUCAAUCUCCUUCGCAGACUGCACUGUUUAAGGUGGCAAAGCUCGUGGAUAAUUACCUGGCGGAGAUCGCCCCUGAUGCCAACCUAAAGCUUGGCAAGUUCAUGGCCAUCGCGGAGUCCUUACCAGCUCAUGCUCGGACAAUACAUGAUGGCUUGUACAGGGCUGUCGAUGUUUACCUAAAAGCUCAUCCGGGCUUAUCGGAAUCAGACAGGAAGAAGCUGUGCAAGCUCAUUGAUUUUCAGAAGCUUUCCCAGGAGGCAGGGGCCCACGCUGCCCAGAACGAGCGCCUACCCCUUCAGUCGAUCGUCCAGGUCCUCUACUUCGAGCAGGUGAGGCUAAGGAAUACCCUGUGCUGCUCUUUCCCCGAUGAAGACCCGAAACCAAUGAUACAUCAGUCAUGGCGUAUAAGUAGCGGAGCCCUCAGUGCAGCGAUGUCCCCUCGGGACAACUAUGCGUCCCUCAGGCGUGAGAAUCGAGAGCUCAAGCUCGAGCUGGCCCGCCUGAGAAUGAGACUGAAUGAUCUCGAGAAGGAGCAUGUCUGCAUGAAGAGGGACAUGGCCAAGUCGAACUCCAGGAAGUUCAUGAGCUCUUUCUCGAAGAAAAUCGGGAAGCUGAGCUUCUUCGGGCACAGCUCCUCACGAGGGUCGAGCUCCCCGUCGAAGAACUCUAACCGGACGAAUUCUAAGGUGAUUGAGAGGACAUGUGCGAGCACGGACUAGUCCUAAUAACUAUUCUUUUAGAUUUCUUCUUUUCUAAGUAACCGGGUUCGUAUUCCAAUCAAUUUGAAGUCCCAUCUGUAUAGAGCAGUGGUUCUUGAGCUUGAGCCAUCUCCAGCAGGAUGUUGAUUGUACAAAGGUGGUGGUUUUUCGACCAAAUACAGAUUGUCUAUCUGUUUCAAUUUGUCGUGCAA